GAAUUUCUGAUUCUCUCUCUCCAAAUGGGGAGUGAGAAUCCAACGGUCCCAAAUCCGUGUGGCACUUGUUAUAUUCAUUUGAAAAUUUUCCUUCAUUUUGUCUCUGGCUCUGAGAAUCUCUCAUCCACCACUCUCUCGCCCUCCGCAUUUUCCAAGAGCAGGUAUUAGAAGAUGGCAGACGCUGAGGAUAUUCAACCUCUUGUUUGUGACAAUGGAACUGGAAUGGUUAAGGCAGGAUUUGCAGGAGAUGAUGCCCCGCGAGCUGUGUUUCCCAGCAUUGUUGGUCGUCCUCGUCACACCGGUGUGAUGGUUGGCAUGGGCCAGAAGGAUGCCUAUGUUGGGGAUGAGGCACAGUCCAAAAGAGGUAUUCUGACUCUCAAGUACCCUAUUGAGCAUGGUAUUGUUAGCAACUGGGACGAUAUGGAGAAGAUUUGGCAUCAUACCUUCUAUAACGAGCUUCGUGUGGCUCCGGAAGAGCAUCCCGUUCUGUUGACGGAGGCUCCUCUUAACCCAAAGGCUAAUCGUGAGAAGAUGACCCAGAUCAUGUUUGAGACUUUCAAUGCCCCUGCUAUGUAUGUAGCCAUUCAGGCUGUUCUUUCACUGUAUGCCAGUGGUCGUACUACUGGUAUUGUGUUGGAUUCUGGUGAUGGUGUCAGCCACACAGUCCCUAUCUAUGAGGGUUAUGCCCUUCCACACGCCAUCCUUCGUCUUGAUUUGGCUGGUCGUGACCUCACUGACUUCUUAAUGAAGAUUCUGACUGAACGUGGGUACUCGUUUACCACUUCAGCAGAGCGAGAAAUUGUCAGGGACAUGAAGGAAAAGCUGGCAUACAUUGCCCUUGACUAUGAGCAAGAGAUAGAGACAUCCAAGACCAGCUCUGCAGUGGAGAAGAGCUAUGAGUUGCCUGAUGGGCAGGUCAUCACUAUUGGUGCUGAGCGUUUUAGGUGUCCAGAGGUCUUGUUCCAACCAUCCCUGGUGGGAAUGGAAGCUGCAGGAAUUCACGAGACAACAUACAACUCCAUAAUGAAAUGUGAUGUUGACAUCAGGAAAGACCUGUAUGGUAACAUUGUUCUCUCAGGAGGUACAACCAUGUUCCCUGGCAUUGCUGAUAGGAUGAGCAAGGAAAUUUCUGCUUUAGCCCCCAGCAGCAUGAAGAUCAAGGUGGUUGCACCGCCCGAGAGAAAGUACAGUGUCUGGAUUGGUGGUUCUAUCUUGGCAUCCCUGAGCACCUUCCAGCAGAUGUGGAUUGCAAAGGCAGAAUAUGAUGAAUCUGGACCAUCAAUUGUGCACAGAAAGUGCUUCUAAAUUGUUUGAGCAAUAGGGUUGUUGAAGAAGACAAUUGUUUUAUUCCUUGGGAAGAAGUCCUGCUUGUAACCCUUUCAUUCUAGCUUUUGUUAUCCGUUCAUGUUAUUCUCUUGAGUGAUGUUUUGGAGAAGGCGAGAAGUUUAUUGUCAAAAUGGUCCCAUUCUUCAGUAUUAUUAUAUAUUGAUAAGUUUUUACAACA